AUUGGGCGGAGGGCGGUGAUUCCUUCUGUCACGAUUUGGAUCGCUCCCACCGGAGGACACCGACCGUCUGAGUCCAGCCUUUACCGAGGUGCUCACCCACAAGAGGAGAGACGGUGCACACAAGGAGGAGAGACGCAUGAGGGUUUUGUCUUAGGGGUUGGACUGACAACUCGGGUUUGUACUCCUGUCGGUGUCGUUGAGGAGAGGAGAGGAAAGGAAAGGAAAGGAAAGGAGAGGAAUAGGAGAGGAGAGAAGGGGGAUCUUCAGAACUGGAGCGCCUUUCUUUUGUCGGGUCUGCGGUAAAAGUCGUUCAAGAUGCCGGUGUUUCACACUAAGACCAUCGAGAGUAUCCUGGAGCCGGUGGCUCAGCAGAUCUCCCACCUGGUCAUCAUGCACGAGGAGGGGGAGGUGGACGGAAAAGCCAUCCCAGAUCUGACGGUGCCGGUGGCUGCGGUGCAGGCGGCAGUCAGCAACCUCGUACGGGUGGGAAAGGAGACUGUUCAAACCACCGAGGACCAGGUGAUGAAGAGAGACAUGCCUCCUGCAUUCAUUAAGGUGGAGAACUCAAGCUCCAAGCUCAUCCAGGCGGCUCAGAUGCUAAAGGCGGAUCCAUACUCCGUUCCUGCGCGAGAUUACUUGAUCGAUGGAUCCAGAGGGAUACUGUCUGGAACGUCUGACUUGCUCCUCACCUUUGACGAGGCAGAGGUGCGUAAGAUAAUUCGUGUGUGUAAAGGUAUCCUAGAGUAUCUGACAGUAGCUGAGGUGGUGGAGACCAUGGAUGACCUCAUCACUUACACCAAGAACCUGGGACCAGGGAUGACCAAAAUGUCAAAGAUGAUUGAGGAGAGGCAGCAGGAGCUGACACACCAAGAACACAGACAGAUGCUAGUCAACUCAAUGAACACUGUUAAAGAGCUGCUGCCUGUUCUUAUAUCAGCCAUAAAGAUUUUUGUCGCAACCAAGAGCAGUCGAGGUGCCGGCGUUGAGGAGGCAGAGAGGAACAGAAGGUUUACAUUUGAAAAGAUGAGCGCUGAAAUCAACGAGAUCAUAAGAGUCUUGCAGCUCACCACGUGGGAUGAAGACGCCUGGGCCAACAAGAAGGAUAUGGAGGCUUUGAAGAGAUCUCUGGCUUUGAUAGAGUCAAAGAUGGCACAAGCUAAAAUCUGGCUUAAAGACCCCCAUGGACAACCAGGAGACCCUGGUGAGGUAUCCCUGCGUGUGAUACUGGAUGAAGCUGGUAAGGUGGGAGAGCUGUGUGCUGGGAAGGAGAGGAAAGAUAUACUGGCAACCACUAAGGCUCUGGGACAAAUGACUGACCAGAUUGCAGAUCUACGGGCCAGAGGCCAGGGCCCGACCCCAGGGUGUGUGCAGCGUGCAGGACAGUGCUCGCAGGGCUUAGACUUGUUAUUUGGCAAAGUGGACAGUGCUGCUCGCAGAUUGGAGGCUCUAAUCAAUGCUAAACAGGCCAUUGCCAGGAGGCUGGAUGCUGCACAGGCCUGGCUGGCUGAUCCUAACGGCGGUCCUGAGGGAGAGGAGAACAUCAGAGCACUGCUAGCAGAGGCCAAGCGCAUCGCUGCCCUAUGUGAAGACCCCAAAGAGAGGGAUGACAUCCUGCGCUCCAUCAGUGAGAUCGCAGGCCUCACCGCCAGACUUGUGGAGCUACGCAAACAGGGCAAAGGUGACAGCCCGGAGGCCCGUGCAUUGGCUAAGCAGAUUGGGGCAGCACUGCUGACUCUACAGUCCAAAACCAACCGUGCCGUGGCCAACAUGAGACCUGCCAAACCUGCCGUCACCUUGGAGGGCAAGAUGGAGCAAGCCCUCCGCUGGGCAAACAACCCCGGAGUAGAUGACAGAGGAGUAGAGUGUGAGAUACUACAGUGGAACACAGGUCAGGCAGCAAUAAGAGGAAUGGUUGGAGAAGGGAGGAGACUGGCAGGAGGUCUGUUGGGCCCGUAUCGGCAGGAUAUGGUUGGACGCUGCGACCGAACAGAGACCCUUAUGACAUCUUUGGCGGACAUGGCCGGCAGGGGCGAGGCUGAGGCUCCUCAUGCACGAGCUACAGCUGCACAACUGCUGGACAGCCUCAAGGACCUGAGGCAGCAUAUGCAGGAGGUGAUGACCCAGGAAGUUUCUGAUGUUUUUAGUGACACCACCACCCCUGUCAAACUUCUGGCUGUGGCUGCAACUGCUCCCCCCGAUGCCCCCAACAGAGAGGAGGUUUUUCAAGAGCGUGCAGGGAACUUUGAGGCCCACGCAGGUCGGCUGGGGGCUACUGCAGAGAAGGCUGCUGCUGUGGGAACAGGCAAUAAGAGUACAGUAGAGGGAAUACAUGCUGCUGUGAAACACGCCAGGGAGCUCACACCACAGGUGACCUCUGCUGCACGGAUCUUGUUGAAGAAUCCAGGGAACAAAGCAGCAUACGAGCACUUUGACACCAUGAAGAACCAGUGGAUUGACAAUGUUGAGAGACUUACUGGUCUGGUGGACGAGGCCAUCGACACCAAAUCUCUGUUAGAUGCUUCUGAGGAGGCUAUAAAAAAAGACAUCGACAAGUGCAGAGUUGCUAUGGCGAAUGUUCAGCCCCAAAUGCUUGUUGCCGGGGCAACAAGCAUAGCAAGACGAGCUAAUCGAGUCCUGUUGGUGGCUAAGCGGGAGGUGGAGAACUCUGAAGAUCCACGGUUCAGAGAUACAGUGAAACACGCGUCCGAUGUCCUCUCCCACACCAUCUCACCCAUGGUGAUGGAUGCUAAAGCUGUGGCUGGGAACAUACAAGAUAAAGCUCUGCAAAAGGCCUAUUUGGACUCGUGUCUGAGGAUCCUGGCUGCAGUUGGAAAAGUUAGAGAAGCCUUCCAACCUCAGGAGCCUGACUUCCCUCCUCCACCACCUGACCUGGACCAACUUCAUGUUAGUGAUGAACAGGCACCCCCCAAGCCCCCCCUGCCAGAGGGCGAGGUGCCCCCGCCUCGGCCCCCUCCUCCAGAAGAGAAGGAUGAGGAGUUCCCAGAGCAGAAGGCCGGAGAGGUGCUUAGCGAACCCAUGAUGGUGGCAGCCAGGCAGCUGCACGACGAGGCACGCAAGUGGUCAAGCAAGCCUGAGGAUGAGGAGGCAGUAGAGGAGAGAGAGGUAGAUGAUGAAGAUGAGUUUACUGAUGGUGAGGAUGACUAUGAGCCAGAACUGCUGAUGAUGCCCUCCAACCAGCCUGUCAAUCAACCCAUUCUGGCCGCUGCCCAGUCUCUCCACCAGGAGGCGCGCAAGUGGUCCAGCAAGGGUAACGACAUCAUAGCAGCAGCCAAGCGGAUGGCUCUGCUAAUGGCAGAAAUGUCUCGGUUGGUGCGUGGUGGAAGCGGAAACAAGCGUGCGCUUAUUCAGUGUGCUAAGGACAUCGCCAAGGCCUCAGAUGAGGUGACGAGACUGGCUAAAGAAGUUGCCAAGCAGUGCACUGACAGACGCAUCAGAACUAACCUGCUGCAGGUGUGUGAACGAAUCCCUACCAUCAGUACUCAGCUGAAGAUCCUCUCUACUGUCAAAGCCACCAUGCUGGGACGGACAAACAUUAGUGAAGAGGAGUCAGAGCAGGCCACGGAUAUGUUGGUCCACAACGCCCAGAAUCUGAUGCAGUCAGUGAAGGAGACCGUAAGAGAAGCAGAAGCAGCCUCCAUCAAGAUCCGCACUGAUGCCGGAUGCACACUUCGCUGGGUGCGCAAAACCCCCUGGUACCAAUAAACACCCUGGUCACUGAAAAUGUAACGCUUUUAACUUGGCAACGAUAGCACACAACUCCAGUCAUGUAUGGAUUACUGAAUGGGCCUACCGGCUACAAAGACACACAAAGCAACUGCAAAGAGACACAAAAUAACUACAAAGAGACA